GCCGGGGUUCGAAAAAUCUUCAAUUGGCGCUCCCAAAAUUUCUCAGUUAAUGUCUGACACUCGAGCAAGAUGGUUACCUCCGACUUCUCAGAGACACAACCACCACCAAGAAGUAGUACUCCAGAUAUGGAGGAUUCUCAAGUUGUUUUACCCUUAUUGACUCCAUCGAGAAUACAUACCCCAAGCCAGACACCACCUCCGCCAUAUUCUGUGGUAGAUCUUACUCCAAACCAAAUUAUUUGGGAAGUUCGAAAGGUUGAUCUGGGAGCCACUGAUGCUGCAAAUGGAGAUGUUCAUCUUGAUUUGGAUUUGGAUGAGAACGUGAAAGAGAAAAAACGAGAUGGCACCCUGCUUGCAGAAGAACAGCCUCCUGCUGGAGCAGAAGAAGAGGAGGAGGAUGAUCCAUGGGCCCUGUCUGAGCUGAAAGACACAAGCACACCUUGGAGUGAUCUAACAUGCUGUGGCAAGUUCAGUCGGGUGUUGUUCAGCUGGUUACUCAAGCCAAUCCUCAUUGUUGCACUUCUCUACUUCUUCAUCUGUUCCCUGGACCUGAUGAGCUCUGCCUUCCGUCUCCUUGGUGGUAAAGAAGCUGGAGAAGUCUUCUCGCAGAAUGAACUGCUCAACAACCCAGUAUGUGGUCUGAUGAUCGGCAUCCUAGCUACUGUUCUUGUCCAAAGCUCGUCCACUUCAACCUCCAUCGUUGUGAGCAUUGUAGCUGCUGGAAUUCUCCCUGUAAAACCUGCCAUCUUCAUCAUCAUGGGUGCCAACAUCGGUACUUCUGUCACCAACACCAUUGUCUCCAUGGCUCAGUCUGGUAAUCGAUCAGAGUUCCGCCGUGCCUUUGGUGGGGCAACCGUCCAUGAUAUGUUCAACUGGCUUUCUGUGAUUUGUCUACUCCCUUUGGAGGCUGCAACUGGCUAUCUUUACCAUCUGACCAGCCUCAUCGUAGCUUCUUUCAAUAUCGAGACCAAGAAGGGUGCCAAGGUGGAACUGCUGAAGGUGCUAACCAAACCAUUCUCAAAGAGGAUCAUACAGAUUGACAGCAAGAAGAUUUCCAAGAUUGCGACUGGAGAGCUGGAGGCUGAGAACCAAUCCCUCUUGAAAGUGUGGUGCGAGACAGAUGAAGUCCCCCAGAUUGUCAAUCAAACGGCCAAUGCCUUUGUCGCCAACACCACUGAUGCUGCUCCUACACAAACUACUGGCUGGGGAUGGGGAGGUUGGGGAAAUGUCUUCAAUACCUCUGGCACUGACACUGGAUUUAAUAAGACUACAACUGGAUAUCCUCUGUGGUGGGACACCACUGGUUCUCCGACAGCUCCAAACUCUACAAUGGCAGCAACUACCACAGAGGCUUCUGGACAGGUCACAAGGAUGGUCAAGGUCAAUAUUGAGAAAUGUCACUUUGUCUUCAAUGAUACGGGUCUGUCAGAUCGAGCUAUAGGUGGCAUCCUCCUUGUCAUUGCUCUGGUCAUGCUCUGUGGAUGUCUUAUCAUGAUGGUCAAGACACUCAACUCUCUCCUCAAGGGUCGCGUUGCUGGUAUCAUCCGCAAGACCUUGAAUGCAGAUUUCCCAGGACCAUUCUCCUUCCUGACAGGAUAUGUUGCCAUUUUGGUAGGUGCUGGAAUCACCUUCUUGGUCCAGAGCAGCUCAGUCUUCACCUCAGCCCUGACACCGCUGGUUGGUGUAGGAGUCAUUACCCUUGACCGUAUGUAUCCCUUAACGCUUGGUUCUAACAUCGGCACUACAGCUACGGGUCUACUUGCUGCCAUGGCCAGCUCUGGUGACAAGCUGGAAAACAGUAUCCAGAUCGCUCUCUGCCAUCUGUUCUUCAAUAUCUCCGGCAUUCUCAUCUGGUAUCCUAUUCCAGUGAUGAGGAAAGUUCCAGUCAUGCUCGCCAAGAAGCUUGGGAACACCACUGCAAAAUACCGUUGGUUUGCUAUCAUGUACCUCAUCCUCAUGUUUUUCUUCUUGCCCCUCUCUAUUUUUGGUCUUUCACUCAUCAGUGUGUGGUGUCUGUUGGGCGUUGGCAUCCCCAUCAUUCUCAUUACCAUCUUUGCCAUAGUGGUGAACACACUUCAAGUUAAACGGCCACAAGCUCUACCAGAGAAACUGCGCAACUGGGACUUUCUACCCCUUUGGAUGCACUCGCUUUCACCACUUGAUCGCCUUAUAUCAAAGUUCUUGUCCAUUGGUGGGAGGUGCUGCCCAUGCCGAUCAAACUCUAAAGGAAGCCUCAACAUCAGUGGGCAGCCACUGGUACACAGUAAUAGCGCUUCCCCAAUCAAGGUGCACUACAAUGUAGCGAAUGAUCGUACAGACACUUUGCCUGCCUCAGAACUUAGUAAUACAGGUGGUGCUGAUCGUUUGAGUACUCUAUGACAUAGCACAUGUAUUACCUAAACCGUAGAUGUCAUGCUGACCAUGUUUAUUAUUUCUAGGGCAGUGCAAAUCACUCGUAGUUUCCAUCCAGUCACUGAUUGAGAUACAUGCAUGGAACAGGUUAUAUAUUUUUAUACAUCUCAUCUUGUAACUACAUAUUCUAGAUCGAAAAAUAGAUCACAAACAAGGAGAUAUAACAUGCAACAGGGCCGACACAAUGUGCAUUUUGAUAUUUGCCAAGUCAAAGUUGUCCUGUUAUUCUUACUGCUGCAAUGUUUUUUUUUUCCUAUCUGGAUGUUUGAAGUGACACAUCUUGCAUAAAAUGACUAUGUCUAACUUAUUUCAUACAGAGGUAAUAUAAUAUUUGUAAAAUAUGUUAAUUUUUUGUAAAGAAAUGUUUAUGUCGUAAAAUUUAGAUGCAUUCAUACUUAAGCAAUAUGGCUGAUAUAGUUUGUCAAUAUCAAACAAUACUUGAUGGAUAGAGAUCUAGUAAAAAGUAUAGACUAUUAAAGGGAAACUAAAGCAUUUUUGUUGAAGUAAAUCUCAACAUAUACUUGUUUUUACCUAAUUGUACAUUUUUCUCUAUUCGCAUUUCUUGAAAAACCCAAAACAUGGAAGUUUAGAAAUCAAUAUUCUCCUGUACAGCUUUAAGCUAUUUAAAAGGGUGUAAAUUUUAACAUUCCAUUGUUUGGACUGGUCAGAAAUCUUCCAGCAUAAUGUAUUUUUUUUUGUGGAGUAGAAUAUUGUUUUCUGUGUUUAUUAUGAAUACUGAAAUUUUUCAAUGCUUGACACAUUUAUGUUUAUAAAUGUGUUUACAUAUAGGCGAUAUCUGAAAUAAGUAUGCAAUACAGAACAUUAAUGAUAUCAGAGGUAAAAGUUGAUGUUCUGAAGUCUAGUAAUAUUAUUUUUUGCAGAUUGAAAAUUAUUUUUUACACAAUAGUUGAACUUGGCAUUAUAAUAGUACAGGGUAGAAGUUGAAUCCAUGUAUGAAUGGUUAUUGCUAUGCUUACAUGUAUGUUAUUUUGAAUCACUGCACAUUCACUGCCAAUCCAUCAGUGAAUCACCUUUUUACCAUGACAAACAUUUGUUUUUUCAAGGCAUUUACUUAACAUCAUUUGAAAAUGUUGAACUUGGCAUUAUUUAUCAACAACAUUACAAUGGAAACAAUUCCCUAGUGUGGUUGAAAGUUGUUAACUUCAGCCCAUUUAAGUGUAGUGCAAUCAUAAUUUCCAGGGUAAACAAUAAUCAGCAUUAUGAUUACAUUUUCAACACCAGAAAAGCUAGGUGGCUUGGAAUGAAUACCCUUGUACCUUUUCUGAUUCAUGUGCAUGAUCAUAUUAUACAUCAUACUACUAUAAAUGCUUAAUUCAUAGAGUGGUUGGUUCAUUGAACCAAAUUCUAUUCAGGGUUUUAGGGGAUGCCAAAGUGAACCGAGAAAUGUCGUUUGUAUCAUGCAAUGUUCCAAACAAAGAUACUUGACUGGCUUGCUGCAGUUAUGUUAUGUACCUGAAAUGAGGUAACCUAUUUAUGCUAAUGUCUCCAUCUUAUGUGCCUGGCUUUAUACAUAGUAAUGAGUUCUAUGAUUUCUAAUAUUCAUGAUCAUAGAGAAAUGUAUUUGUGUUUGGGCUGAUUGCAUCUUUUUGUUUUGUAUUAAUGCUGAAUAAAUGAGCCAAAAACCUA